AUGCUCUGUAAUCGCUUGCUGCCACGCUCCACGGCGAGGUCGGCGUUCCGGAACCCAUCCUCCCUUCCCGUGGUCGUUGCGCCUACCCAACUAUCGAGAUGGCGCCGCACAUAUGCUUCAGCCUCUGAGGAGAAAGAUCUGAUUAUCAUCGGUGGUGGUGUCGCUGGAUAUGUCGCUGCUAUCAAGGCUGGCCAGGAAGGCUUCAAGGUUGCUUGUAUCGAGAAGCGUGGCACCCUUGGCGGUACGUGCCUCAACGUGGGCUGCAUCCCCUCCAAGGCCCUUCUCAACAACUCCCACAUAUACCAUAUGAUCAAACAUGACACGAAGAACCGCGGUAUCGACGUGGGUGACGUCAGCCUCAACCUUCAACAAUUCAUGAAGGCCAAGGACACUGCAGUGACCGGCCUUACAAAAGGUGUCGAGUUCUUGCUGAAGAAGAAUGGCGUCGAAUAUAUCAAGGGAACUGGUUCGUUCAUCAACGAACACGAGAUCAAGGUGGAUUUGAACGAGGGCGGCGAGAGGACUGUCAAGGGCAAGAACAUCCUGAUCGCGACGGGCAGCGAGGCCACCCCUUUCCCAGGCCUCGAGAUCGACGAAAAGCGCGUUGUCACUAGCACGGGUGCCCUCUCAUUGGACAAGGUCCCGGAGUCCCUGGUCGUCAUCGGCGGUGGAAUCAUUGGCCUCGAGAUGGGCUCUGUCUGGUCGAGGUUGGGAUCGAAAGUUACUGUCGUCGAAUUCCUCGACCAAAUCGGCGGUCCUGGUAUGGACAGUGAAGUUUCGAAGGCUGCACAGAAACUGCUCAAGAAGCAAGGCAUCAACUUCAAGCUCAGCACCAAGGUCGUUGGCGGUGACACGAGCGGCGACAAGAUCAAGCUCGACAUUGACGCUGCUAAGGGCGGCAAGCCCGAGACGAUCGAGGCUGAGACGGUCCUUGUUGCCAUCGGCCGCAGGCCCUAUACCCAGGGCCUGGGUCUCGAGAAUAUCGGCAUGGAGCUUGAUGAGCGCGGACGUGUGAUCAUCGACUCGGAAUAUCGGACCAAAUUCCCUCACAUCCGCUGUGUUGGUGACGUGACAUUCGGCCCCAUGCUCGCUCACAAGGCCGAGGAGGAAGCCGUUGCAGUCGUCGAAUACAUGAAGAAAGGUUAUGGUCACGUCAACUACGGCUGCAUCCCCUCGGUGAUGUAUACCCAUCCCGAGGUCGCCUGGGUUGGCCAGAGCGAGCAAGACCUGAAGUCUCAGAACAUCCCAUACCGUGUCGGCAACUUCCCGUUCAGCGCCAACUCGCGUGCGAAGACGAACCUGGACUCGGACGGCUUUGUGAAGAUGCUCGCCGAUCCCGAGACCGAUCGGCUGCUGGGCGUUCACAUCAUCGGCCCCAAUGCUGGUGAAAUGAUUGCGGAAGCAACCCUAGCACUCGAAUACGGCGCGUCGACCGAAGACAUUGCCCGCACUUGUCACGCCCAUCCUACCCUGGCUGAGGCUUUCAAGGAAGCUGCUAUGGCCACCCACUCGCUGCCCAUUCACAUGUAA